AUGAACAAAAGAUUUAGGAACCUCAUAACUAAGCUUACCAUAAUGCCAGUAGCCGAUAUCGAAUCAGAUCAUAAUUCAGUAUACGGCAAGAUCAAACUGGGACUUGCCAAACCUAAUGGCGGUAUAUCAAAAUGGAUGCGUGAAUACGUGGAAGAAAACGAGAAAAACGAUCCGCUAAUUCACGCCCCGGACAAAAAGAACAACCCCUGGGCCGAAAAGGGCAAAUGCGCCAUCAUGUAG